CACAUUUAUGAAGAAGGUACCUGGAGAGAAAACUGCUGAAUGCAUGACAUCAUAACUGCAGAAACAUAUAUACUCAUAUAUACCUUUGUACGCAUAUAUCUAACAUGUGCAUUAGACAUAUAUUUUACACUUACUGCAAUAUGGGUUUGUAUAUUGACGUACACCUUGGGUUUAGAUAAAGUGAAGGACGUUCUAUCAGGUAAAUGUUGGUACAAAAUAAACCAAGAUAAUUCCGCGAAAUAUUUGAACAAAGCGAAGGGCGACAAAGAUGGUGAUAAGAUAUCUAAAUUCUAAGAAUAAUAAGUGCGUCACAUAUGUACCUUGUUUCUAAGAAAUUACCAUGACUUUUUUUACUUUGUUUGAAUAAAGAUGUCCUUGGAAAUUCGCUACCUGAUUGGAUGUAACGUAGGGCAGGUCUAUCUUGAUUUGCGGUUUGAAGCUAUAAAUUGUCUACGAUGUCUAAAUAAAGGAGCAACCAUUUUAUACCUAUCAACGUGUAUUGGUCUUCAGUGGUUGUCCGGCCGGUGAUUCACCCACAGACAAACCAGGGGCUCCUUUCAAUUGGUAGCAGAGGAUGGUUCACUGACUAUCCAGACCCAACUCAUCCAUUCUUGCCCGGAGACAAGGUUCUGGUGAAACAACUGGCUGUCCGCCACAAGACUGGUCCAAUAUAUCAAGGUCCAUUUGAGGUUCUAAGAGUUGCUCGAACGGCUGUCCUUACUGACCAGAGUCCACAGUGGAUACACGCCAGCCGACUCAAGAAGACACCAGAAGGAGUCCUCAAGGAAUUCCCCGGACAAGCAUGAGUCUAUUAGACAAGAUGCCUUCAAAGGAGAUGACUUUGAUCAUACCCCCAAGCCUGCAAAAUAGAUAUGAGCGAUGGCUAAGAGGCUAUCCUAAACCACUUUGUCCAGAGGAUCCAAAGACUAUGCAGGACUUGUAUGAGGAAGAAUUUAUGUUCAGGGAGUAUACCAAUGAACUAGAGACAGAGGACUUAAAAGAUCAAAACUUUCCUGAACCGUUUAGUAAGCAAAUGAUUCAGAGAAUGAAACUGUCAGAUGGUGGGAGACAAUGGAUAAAUCCUUUCUACUUCCGGAGGGUACUGACAUGGGAUGACAGGAGCAGGGUUGUCAAGGAAAAACCCCCUAAAAGAAAACUUCCCAGACCACCCCAGUCUCCUUGUUCCACAACAUCUUUUUCUGAAGAAAUAGAGGAAAAAGAAACUCAUACUUUUGAUAUAGACACUGAAACAAAAGCAAGUCGCAGGAUCGGAAUCACUAAGUGUCCAUCAUCUCUGUUGUACUGUUUGGCAAUUAUAUGUAUCCUCGCAAUUCUCUAUAGUAUAGUAGUGAUAACCAUGCAAGCAUUUAUGACACACACACCAAUACAAGUGAAUGAAACCUUACGUGAGAGAACAAAAAGGUCUAUAUAUAUAUAUAGUAGGUCCAAUUACAAAAGAAUCGCCUGUUGUACUAAAGGAGAAAAUAAAUUGUCACAAUCAAUGUUGAAUAAAAUUGUAGGUUGGCAUGAGCAGAAAAAGGAAGGGGUAUGUAAAAUAGACGCUAUAAUCGUAAUUAUCAGGGCGUCCCCAAAGAAUACCUCCAUGUGUCUAUCACCCAAUCCAAUCGAUAAAGCCACUAGGAGGAAAAUACAGGAAUUAAAAAGACAAAGAACUCAGAAAAAAGGUCUCCUCUCCAAGACAACUUUCAAAGAGAAGGUAAUAGACACACCAUCUCUCCCAAAUGAGAAGGUAGAACCAUUAAACUGGCCAGACCCAAGUAAGGUGCCACAUCAUUUCCUACUAAUGCAUGAAUUUGGUAAACAACAGUCAGAGGGAAAAGGAGACUGUUGGGUUUGUUCACACAUGCAUUCAGGGGAGCACAUUUAUCCAAUGCUAGCAAAACCUAUGCACCUUCCUUCCCUUAUCAACCUAACAGAUCUAGAGACAGUACAAAUCACAACAACUAACAAACCAUUCUUGAUACAAGGGUAUUCUGAACCUCCAAACUUUUGUUUUUUAAAUGGUCAUUAUUCUAGGGAUGUUAAAUAUUUUGCUAAUGCUAGAUUCUGUGCAGACACAGAUGUUAACUUCACACUGUUGGACAUAGAAAGCUAUAUUACAAAUCAAACAGUGGACAUAAAAGGGCUCAAUACAGUCGCCAUUGCCGAUGCUGAUGAAAGAAUAGAGAGAAUGUUUCAGUACAAUCUUACAGAAUGUCCAUCUUAUAAGCCCCAGGUCAAUCAAGGCCCAUUAACUUCUUGGUUGAAGCGAGUAAACAAAACGGACAUUAGGUAUGGAAGUACUGACCCUAUUAACAUAGUUCAAUGGAUGUGUCUAAUGGGGCUAAGAAGUGGGCAAAAUACCUUCAGUGAUGUUCCAGCACCUCGUCUACCAAAGGGCUGGGUAGUAGUGUUGUGGAUUAUGGUGCCAUACUACAAUCCCUUUUCCUAA